GAAAGUAACAAAAUGUUUAUUUAAUUUUUCAUUGUUUGAACAUAUCAACUUUGUCCUAAAACCUCCAUUUAAAAAAAUGUGUGCGCUGAAACUAGUGUCUCAUUAGACACUGUUUAGAGGCUUUGUUCAAAAAUCAGGUUUCUUGGAUUGAAAAUCUUUUUCCGACAAUUUUUGUGAAGAACUGAUGUUGUUAUUAUAUUUGAACUACAUAUUAACCAAUAAACAGAAUUCAGAAAAAAAAAUCUACUAUUUUUGAGACAUGAGCUCGAGAUUACUCUACACUUCUCUUCUUUAAACUCUCUUGUCUUUUUCAAUGGAGGUUUCAGGACGAAGUUAGUAUGUUCAAACAAUAAAAAAUUAUAUAAACAUCGUGUUACUUUCUAAAAACCUUCCAUUAAAAAUAUGUUUCUCGAGUUACAGUCGUUUUAGUAAUCAUCAUCAAAAGCGGACUCACGAGAUGUCGGCCGCUUUAUCACUUGCCAUGUUUUGGGUGAAUAAUUUAAUCAUGUAAAAAUACAUAGGCCUGAUCACGAGCUACAUUUUACCAGUUGAAACUUUUUUGAUAGCUUUCCUAGUUUUGGAGUUAUGCUCAAUGGAAAAAAUAUCGAAAUCAUCAAAAAACAGAAAGUGGAUAUCUUUUUGGCCAGCACUGUAUAUAGAAUCUUUAAAAAAUAUUGAAAACGAAAACUUUGAUAACCGUUUUGAUCGUGAUUGUUGAUGGUAUUUCCUUAAUGAAUCACAAAGUACGAAAUUCAACUUUCAAAACUACAAAAAAGUUUGAGCCGUCCUCGGAGUGAUUCAUGCUCUUUUUCAAUAAAACCUCUCCUCUCCUAAACACUUUCAGACGCUUAUUUAUUGCCUGCGUAUCGUAUCAAAUACCCGCCCUGUUGAAAUAUAUUCAACUCUGAGAACAAUGUUACGUCGUUUAGGUGCAUUUGUUUUAUUUUUCCUGUGUACUACUGUAUUUCUAUUUCCUGACCUUUUUGCAUCUUCUACAAUAUCUCGAAACCUAAAAACUCGAAGAAGUGUGGCCCGUCAAAAGCAGAAUUCUUCUUCGAAAUGUGUCGUUCCAACUCUAGACCCCUGGGACCAAUCGAUUCUAGAGUAUGUUCUCGACGACGGCUCUAGACCCACCCAACUUGCUUGUCAUGAUGCCAAAGUGCAGCCUGAGCUUACUUUUUUGGAUGAAAAUGGAGUUCUUCAACUCAACUCUACUGCUGUCAGCGAAAGUUCUUUAAAAGUUGAAUGUCAAUAUCGUACCUACGACAAAAUGGAUGGAGACGAUGAACAACUUAAUUAUUCUGAAUGGAUAUCUUUCAACAUGUCUGUCAAAAUUGAAUCGGAAUUCGUUGAAGUGUCAUGCCAACGAGCAUGGUUUCCUCGUACAAAAGUGUAUUCUAAUAAUCAUAAUCAGAUAAUACCAAUUUCUCGAUCUCAACCAGUAUCCGAUAAAUCAUCGGUUAUUGUGAUUGUUCUCGACUCGGUCUCACACUCCAAUUUCCGGCGGACAAUGAAUAAAACACUAGAUGUGAUGCAUUCUCUUUAUGGAUCAUUUAUAUUUGAUGGAAUGACAAAAAUUGGCGAUAAUUCUUUUUCGAAUGCUGUUGGCUUUUUUGCCGGAAAAUGGUGGAAUACCGAGUUCGGAGAUGCCCAUGGAUAUUUUGAUGAUCAUGAUUUGAUAUGGAAACAUUAUCGAGAAAACGGUUAUCGUACACUGUACGCAGAGGAUUAUCCAGGAUUUAAUUUGUUCAAUUAUUUAUCAAAAGGAUUCAAAAAGAAACCAGUGGAUCAUUAUUUUAGGCCAUAUUGGUUGAACGUCUAUUGGACAUAUGUUCAUCGAAGAAGUAGAAAUCUAUGUUAUGGAAACCAUAGAAUGCAUAAUUUACAACUAAACUAUUUAUCACAAUUUGUAUCAAAGUACAAAGACCAACCAAAAUUUGCGAUCUCUUGGCUUACUGAACUUGGACACGACUGGUUGAAUCAAGUUCGUUAUGGAGAUGAAGAUCUCGCGAAUUUCUUGAAGAAGCACGUUGAGGAUCUCGAGAAUUCUUACCUUUUUAUUAUGUCGGAUCACGGUCAUAGAUUUGAUAAUAUUAGAAAAACGAGCAUCGGAAGGUUAGAAGAACGACUUCCAUUUUUUUCGGUUUCAUUACCGAAAAAGUUGAGGAAAGAUUCAAAGUUGGUGGAUACUGUUAGAAAGAACUCAAAGAAACUGACAUCAUUUUUUGAUGUUUAUGCAACUUUUCGGCAUAUUCUUAACAAUUCAAAACAGCCAGAUGUUAUGAGGGGUGAAAGUCUGUUUCUUCCCAUAAAGGACCGAAAUUGUGAAACCGCACACAUUCCGGAAGAGUUUUGUGUUUGUGACACUGAAGUUCCGUUGAAUGUGUCUGCGAAUGCUCAAAUUCGAACAAUGGCUGAAGAUUUUGCCAAGGAUAUCAAUCAACGACUAGAUCCACACCCUCAAUGUGUACAACUUUAUUUGAAAAAUGUGAUUUCGGUAAGCCAAGUUGGAGAUGUGAAAGAGCAAAGAUAUCGAUUUACAAUUGAGGUAUCCCCUUCAAAUGCAAUAUUCGAAGCCCUUCUUUUAUAUGAUCCUUUUGAAUCUCAAACUACAGUAAUCGGAGAUAUCAACCGUAUCAACAAAUACGGAAAUCAAUCUUUAUGUGUUCAAGAUCAGUUUUUACGAAAAUUAUGUUUCUGUUCAACAUUUCUAGAAGCCGUUUCAUGAUAUUUUAAAAAAAAUGGUACCCACCUUCCACGUUUGUUCCGUGCAUUUCCACAACUACAUGCAAUUGUCCAUGUGGUUCCAGAUCUACCCAGAUAUCGUUCGCACUUCCAAUUUUCAACUGAUCAAACGCUAUUCGGGUAUUCGCAACGAAAUCGUCGGGUGGCAUUACACAACUGUGAAAUACCGAAAAUCCGAUGGCUUUUCCUUGAUGUACUCCCGACUAAAAAAUGAUCGAUUUAUUUUUAGAUAUGAAUAAAUAUGAAAUCUUACAGCUGUAAAUU